AUGGUCUACUACUUCACCUCCACGGUCGUCGACCCCUCCGCCUUCAUCUACGUCGGCAAGGACAAGUUUGAGAGUACGCCCGUCCCCCCUUUUCGCGGCAUGAACUGGUCCACGACACCGCCACCGCCGAUAACAAAGACUGAUGAGAGUCGCGUGCGUAUAGAUGAGGAGCUGAUCAAGUACGGCUGGGAGGAGGACUUCCACGUCGACAAGCUCUCAUCCGCACACAUCUACCUCCGCCUCCCGGACCCCCACCCGUCCACCACCCCAGCCAUGACCUGGGACGCCAUCCCCGAGCCCCUCCUCACCGACCUCGCGCAGCUGACCAAGGCCAACUCCAUCGAGGGCAACAAGAAGGACAACAUCACCAUCAUCUACACGCCGUGGUCGAACCUCAAGAAGGACGGCUCCAUGGCCGUCGGGCAGGUCUCCUUCAAGGACCCGCGCAAGGUGAAGCGCGUCCUCGUCGCGCAGCGCGAGAACCCCGUCGUCAACCGCCUCAACAAGACAAAGGUCGAGAAGAAGCCCGACCUGCAGCAGGAGCGCGAGGAUCGGCUCAAGGAGCUGCGGAAGCGCGACCAGGCGGCGAGUCUGGUUAGGAAGAAGGAGGAGGCGCGGGUGAUGCAGGAGAGGAAGGAGAAGAAGUGGCAGAAGGACCAUGCGUAUGACGAUAUCUUCUCGGAGGAGAAUAUGGAGGGAUCGAGUAACCAGAAUCGCUCUGAGGAUUGGGAGGAUGAUUUCAUGUGA